AUGUUGUGCCUGCGCUUCGACUACUUGGUGCUGGCCAUGGGGAGCAGCUACUCGGUGCCCAUCAAGCCAAACAGCCAGGACUUCGCUCGCUCGGCCACCGAGGCGAAGCUGCGGGAGGUUCGUGGCCACAUCGAGAGAGCAAACAGCAUCGUCGUGGUGGGCGGAGGCUCCGUGGGCUGCGAAGUGGCGGCGGAGAUCAAGGUUCGACACCCGAGCAAGACGGUGACGAUCAUCGACGCGAACUUGAGACUCAUCUCCAGCAGCAACCUGCGCGACAAGUUCUACGACAAGUUGAACGCGUCGCUGGCUCAACUCGGCGUAAAAGUCAUCUUGGGCGAGCGACUGACUGAGCGUCUGACCGGCAACGGCUUCGAGAGACGCACGCUGCAGACGAUCCAAGGCACCACGAUUGAGGCGAACAUUCAGCUGCUGUGCGGCGGAUUCCACCCAGUGGCUGACCUCGUUCAGGACAUGGACCCCUCUCUGGUGACGGGCAGGGGGAAGGUCAAGGUGAACACUCAGCUGCAGCUCGAAGGCGUCAGGUACGCAAACAUCUUCGCUCUUGGCGAUGUCUGCAAUCACCCGACUCCAAAGAUGGCCUUCAUCGCUGGAGAGCAGGGAAAGUUCCUAGCUGGCGAGCUCACUGCUGUGAUCCGCAAGAAGCAGCCUGUGUUUGCCAACCCGUUUGUUGGAGCCACCACGGAAAUGAUGGUCUUGCCCUUGGGUCCAUCCGGAGGCGUCUUGCAGCUGCCGAUGUUCGGUGGAGUUGUGCUCGGGGACUGGUUCACCAAGACGAUCAAGUCCAAAGACUUCUUCGCCGGCCAAAUCUGGACCAGUGAUGGAAGACACGCGACCCUGCGUCCUAUCACCUAG